UUUCAUCAUUUGGUUGGUGUAGAGGAAGUAGGUGUAGGAAACAAAAAGAGAACCAAGAAAACCUAACCACACCAAAACGACACAAAAAAUGGCCGUUUCAAGUUUCCACCGCGUUUUCACCUUCGAAUGCCGUUCCGAUCCCGAUUUCACCUCCCUUCCAUCCACCGACAACCACCACCACAACCGCCGUCGUCAUUUCCCAACAACCUCCCUUUCCUCUGCAGCUGCCAUCUCCUCCCCCAUCCUCCGUUUUCCUCCAAAUUUCCAGCGUCAACUCAGCACCAAAGCGCGUCGUAACUGCAGCAACAUCGGUGUUGCACAAAUCGUCGCUGCUUCGUGGUCUAAUGAAGGAACUGGGAACCCCAACGCUGGGGUUCCAACUCCGGUGCCGGCUGUUGCAUCUGCUGUUGAUGCAACAACUGCGCCGGUGCCUUUAGACCUCGACGCCGAUGUCACCGAUGGCGAUGUCGUCGAAAAUGGGGCUGUACAGACUAACCGUAGUUCUUAUUCUUCGUUUUUGAAAUCCGAUGCUAGCAAAACGAUUCAUGCCGCUGAGAGACUUGGUAGGGCUAUUGUAACUGAUGGAAUUACCACUCCUGUUGUGAACACUUCUGCCUACUUUUUUAAGAAAACUGCUGAUCUUAUUGAUUUUAAGGAGAAACGUCAAACUAGUUAUGAAUAUGGGCGCUACGGCAACCCAACCAGUACUGUUUUAGAAGAGAAGAUAAGUGAACUGGAAGGGGCUGAGUCAACUAUCUUAAUGGCAUCUGGGAUGUGUGCUAGCAUAGUCUUGCUGAUGGCGCUGGUUCCAGCUGGUGGACAUCUUGUGACUACUACUGAUUGUUACAGGAAGACUAGGAUAUUUAUAGAGACUGUUCUUCCAAAGAUGGGGAUCACGACAUCCGUGGUUGAUCCUGCUGAUGUUGGAGCCUUGCAAUCUGCUUUGGAGCAGAACAAGGUGUCUCUAUUCUUCACCGAGUCUCCUACCAAUCCAUUCCUGAGAUGUGUUGACAUUAAGCUGGUUUCAGAACUUUGCCACAAGAAUGGGGCUUUGCUUGUCAUUGAUGGUACAUUUGCUACGCCUUUGAACCAGAAGGCCCUUGCCCUUGGUGCUGAUUUGGUUAUGCACUCUUGUACGAAGUACAUCGGUGGACAUCAUGAUGUACUUGGUGGUUGCAUAAGUGGCUCUUUGAAGUUGAUCUCAGAAAUUCGAAUUUUGCAUCAUAUUUUGGGCGGUGCUCUUAACCCGAAUGCUGCAUACCUAUUCAUCAGAGGCAUGAAAACGCUGCAUCUUCGUGUACAGCAACAGAAUUCAACCGGAAUGAGGAUGGCCAAACUUUUAGAGGCACAUCCCAAGGUGAAGCGUGUCUACUAUCCAGGCUUGCCAAGUCAUCCUGAACACGAGCUUGCCAUGAGGCAGAUGACUGGUUUUGGAGGUGUGGUCAGUUUUGAGAUUGAUGGAGAUAUAACAACCACAAUUAAAUUUAUUGAUUCACUAAAAAUCCCAUAUAUUGCUGCCUCUUUUGGUGGCUGUGAGAGCAUUGUGGAUCAACCGGCCAUUUUGUCUUACUGGGACCUUCCUGCAUCAGAAAGGGCCAAGUGGAAGAUUUAUGACAAUUUGGUUCGAUUCAGCUUUGGAAUUGAAGAUUUUGAGGAUUUGAAGGCUGAUGUCUUGCAGGCACUGGAAGCCAUAUAGGCACUAUUCAUUAUUCACCGCAAGCAUUUUUCUUUUUCUCGAAAUAAACGUGCUUUUUGCUGAGUUUAAAUCCAGUAUUUGCAGCGUGUAACCGUUGAUAUUAAUUCCUUGAACUGAUUUGGGUGUUCUAUGUUCUCUCUUGUUAUCUUGUCUGGUGAAUUGAUUGAAUUAUGA